GCUUUAUUAGCCAUAUAAAUCAUGAAUAACGCCACAUAUCGUUUAAAAUGCACGAGAAUCACCACUGCGUGAAUGAGAAGCAAUGAGGCGGAAAGAUAAAGCUAAAGAGCAAAUUCGUCGAACCCGGGUGAGGAUAAGGUGUUAGCAUCACCGGCUAGCUGUGUAACUGCUUGCUAUCCAACUGAUAUUUUCACCACAAACAUUCGCUUUCAGAAAUUAUUGGUUAAGAAAGGGUCCCAGACAGAACAUAGUUUUGUAAACACGGGUUUGCAUUGACGGACAACAUAGCUAUCUUCUUUGAAUUUUACAGUAAGAGAACCUUUAGUCUUGCUAACGUGUAGUUAACGUCAGUGCUUGAGCAAAUGUAACUGUUCUUGUCACAGGGGACGCUUGUUUUUUCCUGAACCCCACUCUGGACACCAGUUGCUCCAACCUGAACUAGGUCUCUGUACAGCAGUGGGCAUGCCGGCGUGGCCUUUUACUGUAAGACAAAGGACACCAUCAUGGAUGACUCGGACCAGGAUUUUGUCGAUCUCUGCUCAAAGCUGCUAAAACGAGUCCGCAAGAAACCAGGUGAGCCCAUACAGCCAAGGAAAGCAGAUCACCAACCCUCCAGUCAUGCAAGCAAUGGAGAAAAGAGGAAGAGAAAUAACAAAAGGGAUUGUGCUGGCACCCAGCAGCAUGUGGUUUGUGGAGGGACUGGAUGUGAUUCAGGAGAUGCUGCGUCGUCUGCUGUGCCUGCAGCAGCAGGACCGAAGUCUGAGAGAGAUUUGACAGCGAAAGACAAAGUCCUCCAGAGAAUGCAGCAGUUCAAGAGAGCCAGUCCACAGAGGAUGGAGCACAAGGACAAGAGCCAAACAACAAACCAUGAGAACGACAGUGUUCCUGCUCCACCUCUGGUGCAAAGACAAGAUGCUUCAGACUCACUCAGCUCAGGCCACCAUGUGGAGCCCCUGGACAGUGACGAGGCUCUGGCCCUGCGGAUGCAGCAGGAGCUGGACAGGGAAGCUGCACAAGCCCAAACGGUGGACCUAGAGGACGGAGCCCUCUUCUUCUGUCAGAUCUGCCAUAGAGACCUGUCACACAUGACCCCUCAGGGGCGAACACAGCACCUCAACAGGUGUUUGGAUGAGAGUGAAGAGAGCGGCCCAGGCCCUCCUCCUCGUCCUCCUCCUCCUGGGGUCCCUGACUGUCCCAUCUGUGGCAAGAAGUUCAAGUCCCAGAAGAGUCGCUCGGCCCACCUGAAGCGCUGCUCCUCAGUCAUGGGCGUCCCUCCUGCUGUGCUGCUGCAGGCUCUGCAGAGACAGGCUGAAGAGACCCAGAAUGUCCCCACUGCUAACGUACCCACAGAGACUGGAGGCACCAAAAGAAAAGGCCCAUCCAAGUCAGGUGUCCCAGCAAGGAAGAAGCCCAAAAAGAAGACCGAACCCCUGGAUGAAGACACCAUGGUGGCAAUGGCUCUGUCCUCCUCCCUGAUGGAACAGGAGGGAGAGUCUGAGAGACCAUUACAAAUAGAGACCGCUGCCUCUCACACCUCCAUGACUGCAGUGUUGAAGUGGAGGACAGACGCAGGUAAGGGGCGCGGGAAGAGGAAAAAAGGCGGCAUCCCUCGUCCUCCUCCACUCCUCCUGGUUCAGGAUGCUGAGGCGGCUCAGACGAGGCUGCAGGAACGUGUUUCUGCUCUCCUCCUACGCAGCCGGGCUCCCUCUCCCCCCACCCCGCCCCGCCGCCCCAGCAGUCUACUUGGCUGGAGUGGUGCUGCCCCCCUCUGGCAGAAGAGCACACUACUGGACGGAGGCUCCACUUGUCUGUCUGAUUUCUACACCCCAGAGCUCAGAGAGUUCAUCUCGCCUUGGGCAUUGGCAGCGACUGAUGCGGCCUCCUGCAGCAACAUCAGCAAGGCUGAGCCUUCUGUCCAGUCUGCAAGUGAAGGAGCUCCUGUAACAAGAACCACGGCCUCCAUCCUGCCAUCCUCCUCCCAGACUGCUGCCGCCUCCACAGGGACAGAGCAGCUACCAGUGGGCAGCCAGACUCUCCGAGACCUGAUGGAUCUGGCUGAAGAUGGCAUGACCCCCACGCAGUGUGGAUACCCUACUUCAGGCCCUAACAAAGAGAACAGUGCCAGUCUGAUCACAAGCCUUCAUCUGAGCGGCUUCGUCCCUGAGGAGUCAGAGGAGCAAGCUGACCUCUGUGCGAGCAGCUUCCUACUGGAAAGAACACAAACGCACCCAGACGACAUCCACAGCCGAGCGAGGAGGACGACUGAUCGGCCAGGAGCGGAUCAUGAGCGAGGCAGCCACCGAUCAGUGGCGCUGUCCAGACUGGCAUCAGACCUCAGCAGCAUGGUGAACAACCCUCAGCUCAGUGAUGUGCAGCUCCAGGUGGACAGUGGAGAAGUCUACUUUGCUCAUUCCUUCAUGGUGUAUGCUCGCUGCCCCCUGCUGGCAGAAAUGGUACAUGAAUGUGGCUUUGGGGUAAAGGAGGAGGGGAUGCCUGCAUCCCAGAGGGUGCUGAUGAGCGACGUCCCGGGACAGGCAGUGUUUGCUUUGCUGCACUACCUCUACACAGCCCACUCCUCCAUCCCACCAUCCCUGCAGCCUCAUGUACUGGAGCUUGCUUCCAGGUUUGACUUGCCGGAGCUAAAGCAGCUUUGCGAGCUCCACAGAGAGGAUGUGGCGACUCAGGGAGCUGAGGGAGACUUCAUGAACCAGGAGGAGAAUUUCAACAACCAAACAGACCAGGCCUUCCUGGAGCUGCUCCACUCAAUGUGGAAUGACGAGGAAGAAGACAACGAGGGUAUGGAUACAGAGGGAGGAAGCAAUGAAGAGAGAGGAUUGGAAGAAGACCGUCAAGCCGAUGACCUCACAGCAGGUGACAGAGAGAUUUGUGAGGAGAAGGUAAAUGAGGAAGAGCUGGAGGAGAUCUAUGAGUUUGCCGCCACGCAGAGAAAGAAGGAGGAGGAGAAAGACAGCAUGGAGGAGGAGGAAGAGGAGAAGGUAGAUGAGAAAGAAAAUGGAGAAGAAGUGUUCCUAAAACUGACAGAACCCAAAAGAAGCUCAACAGGCCUGCAGCUGCAUCCUCUCCUUGAGCCAGACCCCAGUCUGGAUCGCAGCUACAGCCGUCUCUUCUCAGACUCCUGGGGGGUCUACGAGGAAGGAAAUCCCUCCUCCUUACCCUCUACCUCUGGCCAGUCAAAGACACACACCCCUCACUCCCAGAAACACGAGUCCCCCCAUAAACCCUCAUCUCAACUGUCCGGCAGAGCUUUGCUUCAAUCUUCAGCAAGCGCUGUCGAGGACCUUUCCCUCAGCCCUCCAACUAGUUCAUCUAACCUGCCUGUCCCAGGUCAGUCCCCUGGUCAAGAGAGUGACUCCGGGACAGAUGCUCUUGACCUGGCUGUGCCAGAAGAAGGUCUCCCUUUGAAGCGAGAAAGCCAUGGUCCUCGUAGUAUUUGUGUCCACCUUUCUCCUGAUUCGCCUCAGAAAAAUAAGGAACCUGAGCUCAUAGUUUUGUCUGACUCCAGCGAUGAAAUGGAGGUAGUUCUCAGUUCCCACAGUCCUUCGCCACAUUCUCCUUGCACCAUCCAGAACCCUCAGAGCUACACCCAGAUCAAGCAGCAGCCAACCCUGAAACCAAAUGGACGCACCCCGGAGAAUCAAAAGUCCAGCAGUUUGGAGUUUAGUCCUGAAAGUCCAUCUGCAGCACUGGUUCAAAGUCAUCCAGGUUCCGGGUGUGACCAGAGUCCAGUGGACUGUUCUCCAGAAGUGUCCUGGCUGAUCCCAUCCACUCCGCUCCAGCAUGGACGAAGCACCACAACCAGCUCCACUCAGACCAAAAGCAGCAUGUGCAGGACGCAGCUGUUCCCUAAAGGCGACUCCUCUUCAUCUGUUUUCUCUUCUCCUGCUUUACCAUUUACCAACAAACUUCAGACCUCCAACAGUUCAGUUUCUGCCCACGUCGGCCCAACAGAGAGCAGUGUUCCCAGGUUAAAACUGGACGAGACGGUUCCCUGUAGCUCCAGCUUUGAUCUCAACUUUUGCCCUGAAAGAACCAGUAGUUGUGAUGUGAGUAAACCUGGAGGAGUGUUUCCAGUUCCCUUGAGCAAAUCUAAGAGCUCACACCCCUUAAGUUCGGUCUCAAAGCAGGAUACACCCCUCCACCCCCAGCCCCGGCCUUACAGCAGCACUCCCAUGAACACUGAGCUCCACCAGCUCCCUGUUCUUCUUGCCACCUCCCCACUCCACAGCAACCUCUAUAACCAGAGGUCGACAAUCCAAGGAAGAGAUAGGGCGUCAUCUGAUAGCCCAGAGAAAUCAGAGCCAGGUAGCUUUCAUCUCUCCUCCCUGUCUGACCCUUCAGAUCCACCCUCCUCUUCCUCUCCCAGAGGUCUUCAAAGUUCACAGAGGCUCCUCUCCUCUUGUCAAAGCCAACCAUCUGUUGAGCCCAGCAGCCACGACAAUGCAGGGGGUGAGCUAACAAGAAGGGGAGAAAGGGAUGAGGAUAGAGAGAUAGAGUGCAAAAAUAAAGACAUGGGUGAUGAAGGAGAGCAGGAAGAAGCAACAGGAGAAAAUGGAGUGACAGAAGUUGCUGAAUCCAGUUUCCAGCAGAGCUUCAUGGCCAUGGACGAGCCCCCCAUAGCCUUCAACGACUCGUGGGGCCUCGACGUCUGCGCAGAUGCCAACCCGGGCUGCUUCAGUCUGAGGCUGGAGGACAGCAGAGGAUCCAGCCAGCAGGAGCGCAGCCCGGGACAGCGAGAAACAGCCAGGUCAUCUUACUCUACCGACUGUCAGCUGUCACCACCUAGUGUCCGUCUUAUGAACAGCCAUAGCAGCGUGACUGCCCCCUCUUUAUUUCACAGUUCACAACCAUCCACCAGUAUACAGGCUCAUACAGGCCCCUCAGUCACCCCGUCAGCACCUGGCCCCACCACCAGGACCACACCAGAAAUCAACAACAGCCUCCUGGACUCCAAAAUAUGGGACAGCUGGGAGGAGGAGGAGGAGGAAGAGGAGGAGGAGGAGGCUCUUCCUCUUUCUCAGAAGGUGAACCCCUCUGCUCAGCUCAAAACACCCGCAUCGUCACACAAUAAACGGCGGCGUACCUUGGUGCCCAUCACUCCAUUGCCCCACUACUCUGAUAUGGACACACCGGAGCUCAAGAACAAACUCAACAGGUUUGGUGUUCGGCCUUUACCCAAGCGCCAGAUGAUCCUCAAACUGAAGGAGAUCCACCAGUACACCCACCAGCUGGUCAGCUCCGACUCUGAGGAUGAGGCCCCCUCUGCAGGCUGCACAGCUCAGAUGAAGCCCCCACCCAGAGGUUCAGUGUCUGCUGGAAACAAGCUGGUCUCCUGCGCCCAGAAAGUGAGGUUUAAAGAGCCCGGAGCGCCCGCUGCCAGCUCCUCUCUGAAACACAGCAGAGAGGAGGAGGCCGAGCUGCUGUCUGCCUCACAGGGCUCCAACACCUCCUCAACUGCUGCCAGUGAAGAAUCUGAAAGGUCCAACCCAGAGCUCUGCCUCUCCUCCGACGGAGACUCAGACAGUGACGGCGGCAUCUCUGCCUCCCAGGUGGCAACACGCCUCCAGGAUCGCCUCAGAGCGGUGCGCUCCUUCAUCCUGUCUGAGUCCGAACUGUACACACAGAUCCUCCAGUACCAGCCUCUGGUCCUGUCACAGCUCCAAGAGCGACUCAAGGCGGCCGGGAUCCGCUUGGGUGCUGCCAAGCUGGCGGACUAUCUGGACUCCCAGUGUAUCACAUUUACGACGGCCAAGCAGGGCCACUCUGCACCCGGCCACAGGCGGGGCAAGAAGACGGGCAAGAGGGCGAAGGCAGCGGGUGAAAGUGGAGCGGGCAGGAAAAAGGGUCUUGCAGCCAUGCAUUGAAUCUUGGACUGCAGGACCGGACUGUGGAGAAACUGUGAAAGGCACCAGGUUUUAUUUUAGUGCAGAAGAUUUGUGUGAAAUAGCUUCAGACAGAAGAGGCCUUAAAAAUCGAAUUAUGAAAUGUUUUAACACGGCUGAUUCCUCAGCAGGAGACUUCAGGUUUUACUGCUUUGUCAAACUAUGUAAACAGGUUUUAAGUAUUUUGUUUCAUGUUAUGUUUGUUGUGAACCCUCACUGUGAAAAUAAAAAAUGGAAGUGUUGCUGUGGA